CUGAUGGCGCUUCCCGUGUUCAUUCUGUGGGAAAGCCUUCAGUUUUUGUAAACGGGAGAUCCACCAGAGGAUCCACACGGGGGAGAAACAGUUUGGCUGCCCCUUGUGUGAGAAGAGGUUCUCCCACCAGCACCAGCUGAAGAUGCACCUGAUGGUCCACACGGGAGAAAGGCUGUUCGUCUGUAUGCACUGCGGGAAGAGUUUCUCAGAGAGGAGCAACCUCAUGAUACACCAGCAGAAAAUGCACACAGUCCAUGUAUUGACUAUAGUGAUGUAGUACUAGUUAGUUUGUAGUUGGUUUUGGAUGUAUAGGGAACUGGGUGAGGAGAACUGAGGAAAGAAUGAGUAUGAUGAGGCAGAGUAGAUGAUAUGGUGAUGGUGUCUAAAAAUGCUUCACUGGUCGAGGGUAACAGAUUUCUAGUGCAAACAUAGUGAGACUUUAUUCACCUUGACAUUAUUUUGUGCAAUAAAAGUACUGUACUGCAAAGUUGUUAGUGUAUGACCAUUUUGUUCAAAUUAAAUACAAAGUUGACACUGCUGACUGACUUGGAUAUUUUUGUAUCGUUACAGGGACUGAGUUUCCCUUAUCUCAGUCUAAUCAAAACAUUAUACUUCAUUCUUGAAUAAACACAUAUGGACAUUUUUUUAAAUUAACUCCAAUGGCUCCAUAUUGUUAGGUACUUGAAUCACAGUUUUAGACAUGGGCUUGACUGGUUAACAUUUUAUAACAUCAUGUCAUGUUUCUGUAUGUACAGCAAAGAAUGUCUUAUAACCCUUUAUGCUUUUCUGUAUAAACUUUGUUUACAGUUUGCUGUCCCUGAAGACCUGCUGAUAUCCAGUGUUACUGGUGGGAGAGAGUGGACCUCUGAGGAUGCUGGUCACAAACCCUGGACCCUGAUCAGGAGCCGCCGCUCUUCCUUCCAGAGUCGGGAUCAGGACCCAACCGCGAAGGACCGAGACUUCACCACAACACGACAGCUGGACUGAACAACCUCAGUCCUGGUGGUCAACAGAGAGACAGAGGCUCCAAUCAGGGAUCCAGUCUGCAGCCCAGGCCCUUCUCUUCACAGUCUCAGUGCAGGGAUGGAGCAGAGCCUGGGGCUUAUAGGAACAGGAGGGUCUCUAUGAUAAACACAACAGUAUGCAUGAUUGAAAGAUCAGGUCACCCUGGGCUUCAGCCUUCACAGAGAGUGGUGGGAGACCCCCCUGGAUAUAGUCUAGCAGCAAGUCUGUCUUCUCCUUUGGCGUCACAUCUAAUGCCUGGUGAAUGGGUUCAUAGAAGAACUGGGCCUGGAUGUUGCCUUCCUCGGUUACCCCACCAAUACAGACAGGGUCAGGAUGGGCAUUCACCAUGAGAGGCACCUAGCCUACAACAGAUUGUGUGCAAUCCCAACAACACCCAAACAAUGGCUAGAGGUCCAGGAGGAAGCUCAAUGACGGAGGUUCUCCUUCCUAAGUAACCUUAUCAGACAAAGGAGUGUCCAGUGAGAGAAAUCACAGCAGUGUGGCUAGAAUUAUACACAGGGGAUAUCUGGGAACUAUCUGAAAUACAGUUAUGAAGUGUCUUGUGGUGUGGGGGGUUACUAAGUCCCUCAGUUGAACAUCUGGGUAUGAUCACAUUCUCACAUGAUACAGCAAGAGUUCCCAAACUUUUUGUUGGCCCGCGACCUCACUUUGAUACCUGAAAAUUCUCAACCCCAACCAUGUGGGGAAAAAAAACAUUACUUUUUCAAAAAAUAAUUGGGGCUAAAACAUUGAGAUGGAAGUGCCCAAAGAUGACCUCCAAUCAUCUUUGUGGUACCAUUUGGAAGUUGAAAUGUCAGUUAUUAACAUUUUAGUACAUUUAUCAGCCAAAACAUGACACCCACCCUGUAUUCAAGAGCGACGGGCACAACACAAACACCUCAUUAUGCAAAACUGUCUAAACUACAACAUGUGCAGAAAAAAAGUUUACACGUUUUUAAAUAAUUAACGAAGGUUAAUGACAAUUUUUAUUAAAAACAUGUUUUUUUCCAUGCUAUGCAAAAUGGUUCAACCUUGAGCGCCUGUUUUGGCAUUUAAGUUUAAAAAAGUAACUUUCUGACCACUUCUACCAUGGGCAAAUAUGUAUGGUAAAUUUCAUACAAAUCAAAAAGGGUUUUGGUCAAAAAGUGAUUGAAAUCAAAUGGAACGACCCUUUUUAUAGGAAUUUUAAUUAAACACAUACCCCUCAUUAAACUUGUCAUUUGAAACAGGCUUGUAAAUGCCUGUUUUUAGAGAGACAGUAAACCUAGGCUAGAUAAAAGGACAGUUGAAUGUUUACCGUACUGAGGUGAUGGAGUAAAGUGAUUGUAUUCUACUCUAUUAUUGCUAACACACUUCUUUAAACUAGUGAUCUAAGCUCGAAAGACUGUUCUUAAAUAGGAGAUAAGCAGUACCGUAUUUCAAAGAACAGCGUGCAUACGCUUUUCAUUUAGCCACACCCAUCGAGCGACAACAUCCUUCCUCGUCGGUAUAAACGGAAGUAAACAGUAACUAAGAACAAUUUCCACGUUAGCGUUUUUGUUGUUAUUUAGACGUUUAUUAACACCAUGGAACUCAAACUAUGACUCAUUUAACUGCACAGCAUCACAUACUUACCCCAUGUAGUAUUUAAUCCGCGUUGGAAACAGGAUUUGAUUAAUAGAGGUUAGCUAUCUAGGUAACGCUACCUAGCUGCUAAGUUAGUUAACAAUGGCUGCUAACUGUAUGGUUUUUCACACUCAAAUAGCCUCCAUAAUGGAGGUUCUAGCGAAUGCAGCCGUGGCAGAGGUCUGUAAACUCGUUGACGACGACUAUGCAGUGCUUCGGUUGGAAAUAACUCACAGCCAGAAAGAAAACAGUGCUUUGCGGAGGAAACUACAGCUUCUGGAACUGAAAUUGUCACGGGAGCGCGCAGAGAGGACAAUGCGAGAGCGCGUCCUCGCCAGUCGUCCCAGAACUGUCAAGGUCCUCGACCGAUACAGAGGAAUGGCAAGAGGUGAAGGAGAUCUCACUGGAGGCCACAGGAGCUUUGUGAAGCCAGCUGGACACAAUACAUGGAGAGUUGACCAAACAAUCACUGUUGAUGAGGGGAUUCGAACCUCAACCCAGCACGUUAUUGUGAUAGAGGAUACAGAGGCUGCAGGUCCUGGGGUCAAGCUUGAGAGGUCUGAAGGAGAGGAGGACCCACAGCACAGCAGAGACAUCCAGACUGCAGCAGCUGGAGCUUCCCCUGAAGCCAUGGAGGACCUCGCCGCCGCGCCCCAGCCCAGGACCCAACGCAGCAUCACGGAGGAGGAGAGUCCAGAGGUGCUGCUGGUGAAGGAGGAUGGUUGUGAGGAGAGUCUGGGGAACCCUGAGGGGACCAUGGUCAUGGAAAACAACCAAACAACACCUCCUCCUGAACCCACAGAGGAACCAGCUGAGCAGCACAGGACCCCACACAGUCUCACUGAGCCAGUAGACAUGGAGGAUGGGAAGCCUGAUCUGCUGCUGGUCAAAGAGGAGACAAUAGAGGACGGACCAGAGAGCAUUGACCUGCUGAGCGGACUAAAGGUGGGGGAGCAAGGUGGUUGGCUGGAGGAUUACAGAGGAGGCUGGGCAGCCAUCUUGGAUUCCCAGACCCAGACGGGUGCAGCCAAGAGCCAGGGGGAUUACAUCACCGAGCAGGCCAGGACCAGAGGCAACAUAGUGGAGGUCAGUGGAUGGGACAGCAUCCUCAACUCUAGGCUGAGGAACAACACUGUUAACCAGAAAAAGACAAUCGAACACAAAACAACAACCAAACUUAGUGUCCAUGACAACAGACUAGCUGAGGCCAGGAUGAGACAUAGAUUUGGUCCGGGGGGACGGGGAGGUGUCCAUAUGCAGCUGGAGAGAACAGACACAGACUCGGCUAGUGAUGCUCCUUCCUGCUCCUAUAGUUGUGAUUCAGAGAGACUGAUGGCGCCUCAGGUUAACCCCCUGACAGAUUCUGCCUUCAGCCUGCCUUCUAUAGGAUCUAUCAACUGGAACAUGGACCCUGGGACAACACAGACACUCCCUGGCCUUUGUUCUCCUCACACUCCCCUAAUGUUAAACCAGACCUCAGACAAUGCCAGUGCCUCAACACUGAGUGGCUACACAAGCCCAUUGACAAAUGACAGUAGUAGAGAUGGAAUCAGUAAAGGUGGCGGCGCCAAAGAAAAGCACUUCCCGUGUUCGUUCUGUGGGAAAGUCUUCAGUUUCCCCAAACAGGUGGCAAUCCACCAGAGGAUGCACACGGGGGAGAAACCGUUUGGCUGCCACCUGUGCCGGGCCAGUUUUUCAGACUCGUCCAACUUGAAGAGGCACCAGAGGGUCCACACAGGGGAGAAACCCUACAGCUGCCCCCAGUGUGAGAAGAGGUUCUCCCACCAGCCCCAUCUGAAGAGGCACCUGAAGAUCCACACUGGAGAGAAGCCGUUUGCCUGUACGCACUGCGGGAAGAGGUUCUCAGAGAGGGGCUACCUCAGAAUACACCAGCAGAAAAUGCACACCGCCCAUGUAUAGAGUAUAGUGACAUGUAAUGUAGUACUAGUUCGUUUGUUUGUAGUUAAUUCAGUUGAUUUUGGAUGUAUAGUGAACUGGAUGAGGUGAACUGAGGAGAGAAUGAGUGUGAUGAGGCAGAGUAGAUGAUAUGGUGAUGGUUGGUGUGAUGGUGUCUGUAACAAAUGCUUCACUGAUGAAGUGACAAUUUUGUCCUGUUCUUUGUUGUUGGUGUUUAUUUACGAGGCAAUUAUAGUGCCCGAAUAGUACUUCAUUUUAUGUGAAUGUAUGACCAUUUUGUUUAAAUGAAAUACAAAAUUGACUCUG